ACUCACUCACUCACUCACAUGGACCUUGGGCCCCUACCCUACGUCUUUUUCUACGGCGUUAUUCCAAACAAACCAAAUCCAGGAUACACACUCACUCACUCUCACUCUCCUUCUCCUUCUUUCUCUCUAACAAUCAAUUCCUAUUUCUAUUCUGUCUUUUAUAUCUAUCUCUCAUAGCUCUUCUUCUCAUUUUCUCUCUUUCUUCUUUUGACUUUCUCGUUUCUUUCGUUGACUUUUACUCUCUCUUCCAAAUGCACAACCAAGAUCAAACAAUAUCUCACGCUCCAGGGCACGAAAAUCAUGGAGUUUAUGUGUGUAACAAAUGUGGAUGGCCAUUCCCAAAUCCACAUCCUAGUGCUAAACACAGACGUUCUCACAAGAAGAUCUGUGGAACCAUUCAUGGUUACAAACACCAACAAACAACACCAGGUUUGGUUGUGUCUGGUUCAAAUAAUGAGAACCAUGGAAUUGAAGGGAAAUUAAUUAGGUCAGAAAGUGAGGUCUAUUCAGAUGCAGCUACUGAUUUUUCAGAUAAUGGAUUAAGUCCAGGAGUUAAGCCUAUUUUGCAACAAGGAGAUAAUUUGGAUUCUGGCAUUGAUUUGGAAAGAGUCAACAAUACAAAGGAACAUACCCUUUUAGGGUCUUCCGAGGACAAUGACUUUAAUGCUGCAGAUGAGAGUCUAUCGAUUGCCAACUCAAGCAAUGACUGCCAAAUUCAAAAUCCAAAAAUCCCACCAUCUGAAAGUUUUGAAGUUGGAAAUACAGUUGGGUCGCAAGGUCAAUUUUCAGUCUCUACUGUGGAUUCAUUAACAAGCUCAAUUGCAGAUUCGAAGACUGAAGGAUCGAGUAUUGUGCAUGGUGAUGGUUUUUCUGGUUUGUCAAGUGACUCAAGUCUCAGCAAAGCUGAAGCUGUGCCCGAAGUAUUGUCAGAAAAAAAUAUCUAUGCUGUUGAAAAUGUGACAGAUUCUAGUUUGAUAUGUGAUGAAAAGGAGUCUAAUUUGAAACGAAGCAAUGAGGUAAAAUCAGAAAGAGACAUGGUUGAAAUUGUGGAGUCAACCGAUAGCAUUGUAAAUGAUGGAGCUGUUAAUCCAAUGGAAAAUAAGGGAUCCGAGUUUGUUUCUUUGCUGCCCCAAAAUGAACUUCCUCAAGAAAUAAACUCGUCUAUAAUCACAAACGAUACUCAGUUAGAAUCUGCACAUGCAAUACAGUCUACUACUUGCAGUGAUGUCAAGGUUUCACAGGAAAAGGAAGACAUGAAUGUUAAUAUUGAUCCACUUCCUGUGCAUGAUGAUAAACUUGAUGUAGCCUAUUCUCAGAGUGAGUCAUUGAAACCCGAGGAAGAUGUUACCAAUGGAAAUGAUUUUCAUUUCAACACAAGCCAACUGAGUGAAAGGAGUCAUGUCAUUUCUUCAGAUGUGCGAAUUUUGGAUGGUAAAAUGAAGGCGGAUUCUGAAGAUUGCUCUGAAGUUUCGUUGGUUGAGCUCACAACCGAAACUUAUCAAAGAUCGCAUGAAAUUGGAGUGUCUAUGAAACCUGAGGUGAAUGAGAAUCAUUUUUCUGAAGAGGAUGGGCCUGGUGACAUUGAUGAAAAUUCUCAACCCGAAAGUAGUUUAAUGGUUUCGCCAAAUGAAUAUCAGAGGGAGACAUCCUUUCAGUCUGCGACUGACGACACAUUCAACAUAAUCAAUAAUGACACAGCUGAAAUAAAUGAUGUAUCAGUAGAUGGAAAUAUUGUAGGAGCUAAUGUGGAAAAUGACACUGAAGUUAUAGUGAAAGAUCUCCAACCUAGUGACCUCUUGCAACCAGAAGUUGAGCAAUCAAGUGACUUAUUUAGGAAUAAUAGCGAUGAUGCUGGUGAAACUGGUAAAAUUGAAGGUGAAAUCAAUAGCAAUAUCAAAUUGUCUGAAGAACAUAACAAAUCCACUGGUAUUGCUGCUGACUCGCAUGAAGAACAAGAUGCACAACUAUCAGUGACUGCUGCGGAAGACUCGCAUGAAGAACAAGAUGCACAACUAUCGGUGAAUGCUGUGGGAGACUUGCAUGAAGAACAAGAUGCACAACUAUCAGUGAAUGCUGCGGAAGACUCACAUGAAGAACAAGAUGCACAACUAUCAGUGAAUGCUGCGGAAAACUUUUCCAGCAAGCAUACACCACAUUCUUCGACAAAUACCGUUUCUUCUGUGCAACUCGAUUCUGCUGUUGAAGAUGAUACUACUGGAGAGCCUGUUCAAGAUCAAAGCAAUAAUAACUUGGUUAAACUUGGUUCAUCUGGAAUUGAUACUUCUGCUGACUCACUUGAAGCGCGAGAUGCACAACUAUUAGUGAAGGCUAUAGAAGACCUUGCGAGCAAGUAUACAUCAAAUUCUUUUAUAAAUGCUGAGACUUCUGCCGUUGAAGAUAAUUCAGAUGAAGUGACUAGAGUUACUGCUGUGCCACUGCCUGUUCAAGAUCAAGGAGUUAAUAAUUUGACUAAACUAACUUCACCUGGAACCGAGGCUUCGGUUGACUCUGGUAGCCGGCGCGACAGUUUGGAUGGUAACUGGGGCUCUAGUUCAGUUAUCUCGAUGAUAUCUGAUGCACCAACUGUUCUUGAUGGAGAAACCUUACCAUCAACCGGUCCGCAGGCAUUGACAGAAGCAAGCAAAUCAGAUGUGAACAUCCCACAGGCUGCACCUGCUGAUAGACAGCUAUCUGGAAAAUCAGAAAUGUUUGAGCUGCCAUCUUUCACGACAUUGGUUGAGCCAAGCCAUGUGGCGGACGGUGCCGCAGCGGCUUCUGAAAUCCAGAACCCACAACAGUCAAAUUCCACCUCACAAGCUGCUUGGUUUCCAACUCUAAAUCAGGUUAUCAAUGAGCCUCAAGGCAGAAAGAAGAACGAAGAAACAAUCAGCAAGAUAACAAAACGAAGCAGCAGUAAAGAACACACACCUUUGAAGAGUCUCUUGGGUGAGGCCACUCAUAGCAGCAGCAAGCCAAAAUCACCAAAAAUAGAAGAAAAUAAUAAAGGUUCUGGAUUGACAACUGUUAACUCUAUUCUUGGUCCUGAGUCCCCUUCGGCAGCUCAAACGGAGAAAGAAAAGGCUGCAAAUGAAUGGAACUCUCCAGCAAGAUAUCCUGCAAACAUCAAGAGAGAAAAAAAGAAAUUGAAGAGCAGACCAUUUUGGAUACAGUUGGUUUGUUGCUCAACAGUGGAUCCUCAGCGACGGUAGAAGAAGAAUAGAAGAUUGAUAGUUGCUCUAUGUUCUCUCAUUCAUGUGCUGAUGGAUUCUAGUUAUUAUUUGCUCUCUAUUGUUUUUUUAGUUUAUCUGUCAUAGGUUUUAGGUGAAUAUUUUAACGUGUCCAAUAUUGUUCUUGCUAGGAGUUUCGUUGUAUAUGUUGACCAUCUUCAAUUUUAUUUUUAUCAGUUAUAUAUUUGUGUAAUGUUUCAUCUUA